GAGAGGAAGGAGGGUGAACUGCUUUGUAGCUGCUGAGAUUGCAGACAGAAAUAGCACACAACCACCGUGAGCUGUGUGUGACUCGGAAACCAAGACCAAAUUGUAUUCACUUUUAUUAAUCAGUUGCUCAGAAAGAAGGAAAUGACAUCGGGUCCUGUCUUCUUCUGCAUCUUAAUUUUGGGUAAAUAUUUCCUCCGUGGGAGUGGGCAUGAUGUCACGUGCUCCCUCGGCUACUUCCCCUGUGGGAACAUCACCAAGUGCUUGCCUCAGCUUCUUCACUGCAACGGUGUGGACGACUGUGGCAACCAAGCGGAUGAGGACAACUGCGGAGACAACACUGGAUGGCCUAUACAAUUUGACAAAUACUUUGCCAGUUACUACAGAAUGACUUCCUUAUAUCACUUUGAGACACAAACAUCUGAAUGCCUGGUCGGUUCUGUGCCCGUGCAAUGUCAUUGCCGAGGUUUAGAGGUUGACUGUGAUGAGACCAAUUUACGAGCGGUUCCAUCAAUUUCUUCAAAUGUGACUACAAUGUCACUUCAGUGGAACUUAAUAAGGAAGCUUCCUCCUAAUGGCUUCGAGAAGUACCAUCACCUUCAGACGCUGUGCCUGCAAUACAAUAAUAUUAGAUCCAUAUCCGUCUAUGCUUUCAGAGGACUAUACAGUCUUACUAAACUGUAUCUCAGUCAUAACAGAAUAACUUUCUUGAAGCCGGGUGUUUUUGAAGAUCUCCAGAGACUAGAAUGGCUGAUACUUGAAGAUAAUCACCUCAGUCGAAUUUCCCCACUAACAUUUUAUGGACUAAAUUCUCUUAUUCUCUUAGCACUGAUGAAGAAUGUCCUCACCCACUUGCCGGAUAAACCUCUUUGCCAGCACAUGCCAAGACUGCACUGGCUGGACUUUGAAGGCAACCAUAUCCAUAAUUUAAGAAAUUUGACUUUUAUUUCCUGCAGUAAUUUAACUGUUUUGGUAAUGAGAAAAAACAAAAUUAAUCAUCUAAAUGAAAAUACUUUUGCACCUCUACAGAAACUAGUUGAAUUGGAUUUAGGAAGUAAUAAGAUUGAAAAUCUUCCACCUCAAGUAUUUAAGGAUCUGAAGGAGCUCUCACAAUUGAAUCUUUCCUAUAACCCAAUCCAGAAAAUUCAAGCAAAUCAAUUUGAUUAUCUUGUCAAACUCAAGUCUCUCAGCCUAGAAGGAAUUGAAAUUUCAAAUAUCCAACAAAGGAUGUUUAGACCUCUAAUGAAUCUCUCUCACAUAUAUUUUAAGAAAUUCCAGUACUGCGGGUAUGCACCACAUGUCCGCAGCUGUAAACCAAACACUGACGGGAUCUCCUCUCUCGAGAACCUCCUGGCAAGCAUUAUUCAGAGAGUAUUUGUCUGGGUUGUGUCUGCAGUCACAUGCUUUGGAAACGUCUUUGUCAUUUGUAUGAGACCUUAUAUCAGGUCUGAAAACAGGCUGCAUGCCAUGUCAAUCAUCUCUCUCUGCUGUGCUGACUGCCUAAUGGGAAUAUAUCUGUUUGUCAUCGGAGCCUUUGACCUAAAGUUUCGUGGAGAAUACAACAAGCACGCACAGCUGUGGAUGGAGAGUAUUCACUGUCAGAUUGUGGGAUCUUUGGCCAUUUUAUCCACGGAAGUAUCAGUGUUACUUCUAACAUUUCUGACACUGGAAAAGUAUAUCUGCAUUGUCUAUCCUUUUAGAUGUCUAAGACCUAAAAAAUGCAGAACAAUUACAGUUCUGAUUCUCAUUUGGAUGACUGGGUUUAUCGUGGCUUUCAUUCCACUGACCAAUAAGGACUUUUUUAAAAACUACUAUGGCACCAACGGUGUGUGCUUCCCUCUUCAUUCCGAGGACACAGAAAGCACCGCAGCCCAGAUUUACUCAGUGGCAAUUUUUCUCGGUGUUAACUUGGUGGCAUUUAUCAUCAUAGUUUUUUCCUAUGGAAGCAUGUUUUACAGCAUUCAUCAAAGUGCCAUAACAGCAACUGAAAUACGGAAUCAAGUUAAAAAAGAGAUGAUCCUUGCCAAACGGUUUUUCUUCAUUGUGUUUACUGACGCAUUAUGCUGGAUACCCAUUUUUAUACUGAAAUUUCUUUCACUGCUUCAGGUAGAAAUACCAGAUACCAUAACCUCUUGGGUAGUGAUUUUUAUUCUGCCUAUCAACAGUGCUUUGAACCCAAUUUUGUAUACUCUGACCACAAGACCAUUCAAAGAAAUGGUUCAUCAGUUUUGGUAUAACUACAGAAAAAGAAGAUCUAUUGACAGCAAAGGAAGUCAGAAAACAUAUGCUCCAUCUUUCAUCUGGGUAGAAAUGUGGCCGCUGCAGGAGGUGCCACCUGAGUUAAUAAAGCCAGCUCUUUUCACAGACCCCUGUGAAUUGUCACUAAUUUCUCAAUCAACUAGACUCAAUUCCUAUUCAUGAUGGACUCUGAAACCCAUUUCUAUGAAUGUUAUGGAAUGUUUCGCAAUGGAUUUAUUAGUAUAAAAUGAAUCCCACAAAAUUAAUUUAUAAUGUCUAAGAUAAAGCCAUUACAAGAACAGACGUUAUUUGGGAAAAAUCAAAGUGACUGAUGCCCAUAUAAAAGGAAAUAAAUUAUAUUGAUAAUUUGUAUAUAUUAGUACAUAUUUUGCAUAGGAAAUUAAGAGAAAUCUACUUCAGAAAGAGUCAUUCAUUCUUUUACCAGGCAUUUACUGAGUACACACUAUGUAUAUAGCACUGCAAUAAAUUUCUGGGAGUAUAGAAGAGUUUAGAACCUUCUCAGUUUGCAAUGUUAAAUUAUGUUUAGCUACAACAGAACAGAUGCAGUUCUUAGAUGAAGGUAGAGCUUUAUCUGCUAAGCACAUCAGCAAACAUAAUAAUCAUGGACACUUUUAAGUAAAGAUUUAAGGUUUUGGAAUACUCAGCAUAAUGAAAAAUGAGAUAACGUCUGAUUGUUUGCAAAAUAUUUUGUUUUAAAACUUCAUCUUACCUCUCAAGUUCCUGUACACUGGAGAGGUAGUACAAGAUAUCUAUUUCUAUGAAAAAAGAUAUUCUGAUAUAAACUCAAAACAGCACUUUUUUACAGUUAACUGAUUUUCAACAAAGAUACGAAGACAAUCAAAUGAGGAAAGAACUGCCUGUUCAAUAAUGAUGCUGGGACAACUGGAUGUUCACAUGCAGAGGAAUGAGGUUCGACCCCUACCUUACACCAUAUAUAAAAAUUAACUCAAAAUUAACCAACAACCUAAAAAUAAGACAUAAAACUCUUAGAAGAAAACAUAUGGGUAAAUCUUCAAGACCUUGGAUUUAGAAAUGGAUUCUUAGAUGUGUCAACAAAAGCACAAGCAACAAAGGGGAAAAAUUGAUGAACUGGACUUCAUCUAAAUAAAAACUUUUGUGGACCAAAAACAUUAUCAAAAAAGUAAAAAGACAGGGUGCCUAGCCGGCGCAGUCAAUGGAGUGUACCUCUUCAUCUCAGGGUUAUAAGUUUGAGCCCCAUGUUGGGUGUAGAGAUUACUUAAAAAUGAAAUCUUUUUUAGAAAAGAAAGACAACCUACAGAAUGGAAGAAAAUAUUUGCAAACAUAAUCAUAUCAUAUCUAAGAAGGUUUUAAUAUCCAGAAUACAUAAAGAACUCCUACAACUCAGCCACAAGGUAAACAACCCAAUUUAAAAGUGGACAAAGGACUUAAAAAGCCAUUUCUCCAAACAAGAUAUACAAAUGCCAAUAAGCACUUGAAAAGUUGCUCAACAUCACUAAUCAUUAGGAAAAUGAAAAUUAGAACCACCAUGAGAUAAUACGUUACACCUACUAGAAAGGCUGCAAUUAAAACAACAACAAAAGAAAAAGAAAAAAAAAGAAAAAUAUUGACAAGGAUGUGGAGAUUGAAACCCUUCUGCAUGGCUGGUUAAAAUGUAAAAUGAUGCUGCUGUUACCCUAGAGAGAAGUUUGGUGGUUCUUCAAGAGCUUAUCAUAGAACUAACAUAUGAUCCAGCAACUUCACCUCCAGGGAUAAACCCAAAAGAAUAGAAAACAGGAUUCAAACAGAUACUUGUAAUCAACUGCUCAUUGCAGUAUUCACAGUAGCCAAAAGAUGGAAACAACUCAAGUGCCCAUCAACUAAUAAACAGAUAAACAAAAUGUGGUAUAUACAUACAAUGGAAUAUCAUUCAGCCAUUUAUAAGAGAGAAUGAAGUUCUGACACAUGCUGCAACGUGAUGAGUAUGAAAUAACCCAGACACAAAAGGACAAAUAUCAUAUGAUUCCACUUCCACGAAGUAUCUAGAAGAAGCAAAUUCGUUGAGACAGAAAGUAGAUUAGAGGUCACUGGGGGUGAGAAGUUCAGAAGGAUGCUGCCUAAGAAGUACGGACUAUUUUCUUGGACAAAAAAAGCUAUAAAACUGAUUGUGGUGAUGGAUAAACAACUCUGUGAAAAUGCUAAAAGCCACUGAACUGUAGAUGUUAGAUGGGUGAAUUUUAUGGUUUGUGAAUUCGAUCUAAGUGAAUCAGAUCUCAAUAAAGCAGUUAAUGGGGAAAAGAAGAGCCCGAAUGCACUGACUCAGGAACUUACGGAGGACAGGUCUGCAUGCACACGGUUUUACUUCACAGAGAAAGUAACUGCCCUCGAGGGACGGAUUUACCUUCCAUUUGCCUGGCCGGCCAGUUCACAGGACACUUUUUCGCUAGUUAUUCUUCUGGUCUCUAACUGAGCUAUUGGAAUUUUUUGCUUUAGUAAUUUGAAACCUUUAAAUAGGAAUAAAAUGUUUUCAGGUAGUUUUAAAUACCACAAAAAUGUUUAAAACAUGAAAUUACUGGAAUCAGAAAUGUAUUUAUUGAAUAUUGAAUUGUAUAGAUUUCUUUGGAAAGUAAAUUACCCAAAACUUAAUACUAUUAAAAAUAUGGAUUACUUUGGGUCCUUUCUGUUCUUACUUGAAAUAAUGCCAAUAAUUUUUCUACAUGAGGAAUAUGGUUACACUUUCAACAAAAAAUAAUAAAACAAUAGAAAGUUA